UGUGUGUGCGUGUGUGCCUUUAAGGCUUUAAGUCAUGUGUGUUAGAGGUGUGUAAAGGUGUGGUAGUUGAGUGGAGAGCCGGCUCUGUGGAGUGUGGUGGAUCUUCUCCUCCAGAGUUAAACCCAUCCAGCCUGUUGGAAGAACCAGUCCGGCAUAAUCAUGCUGACCAUCCUGCUCUUUAUAUCACUGUUUAACCAGGGACACGCUGUGGUGGAGUACGGUAUGGACUUUGUUACGGCUUUUCCGGUGAACAUCGCCUCCUACUAUCCAUCCAACGUCAACAACACCCUCAAAAUUACCGCCCUCCACAGCAACACUAAAUUCAGUGUCUCCAUCAACGGCUCAAACUUCCUCACAGAGGUCCUGAACGCAGGACAGUCAAAAUCUGUGGAUCUACCCAACGAAGUAGAGGAGCAACAACUGGGGCGCUCCAUGAAGUCUGUCAGAAUCACCAGCGACAACAACAUCACCGUGUUUUCCAUAAGCACCAGGGGUAACAGCGUCCAAACCAAUGUUGUCCAACCUGUGAGCAACCUGGGCAAAAUGUAUCAAAUCCCCUUCCUCAAUUUAACAGAGCUAAUACUAUUGUUAAAUGACUACAGCGUCUCAAACUGGACCAAUCCUUCGAGUUCUUCCAAUCUGAACCGGACGUACAACUUCUUCAGGGUUCUUGUCAUCAACGCCGAAGAUAAGAGCAACAUGGUGACCGUCACGAUGACUCAGAACCAAAAAAGCACUUUCACGCUAAGCCCCUUCGAGUUUAUCCUGAUGCAGGGCAAUGACUCCUUGGUGAGGAUCUCUGCCGAUGCCAACAUUUCCGUCUUGCUCACCCACCCUUGCUUGGACGCUUCAUACUGCAGAUGCACAAUGGUCGUCCAUCAGCUCAGACCCACAAACCUCCUGGGGAACCGUUUCCUCGUACCUCCGUUUUACAUCACCAACUAUUCUCGAAUGUUCUCUACUUCAGAUAAGAUUGUUGAGCUUCAGUACGGUUCUCCACCAUUUGCCGGCUCUCAGAGAUUGAUGCCCAGCAGCUCCAACUUCCUACCCUUCUUCCAGAGUCUAAAGGACGGGUUCUCCAACAUCACCACCUCCCAGCCGGUGUCCCUCAGUCUCAUCCGCCAUGGUAGUCUGAUAGAUCUCAUCCCAAUCUCGAUGUUCUCUGCCUGCUACCUGGUACACAGCACAUCACAGACCAAAUCUCUGGCUGUGAUCAUCGUUGAAACAGCCCAAGUGCCAAAUAUGCGUUUGAACAAUGGACAAUUUAGCCCAACAGCGGUGUGGAAUGCCAUUAACGGUACACAGUACUCCUGGGCCAGAGUGGACCUGUCUCCUUUAAAGUCUCAAGUCAUCUGGCAUCCCUACUCAAAGAUUGCAGUCUACGUCUUCGAGAAAAUGGCGACUGGGGUUCCUUAUGGAGGUCCGGCUAUCUCUGUAAACGAUAAUCCAGACCCCUACGGCUGCUUGGUCUCUCCGAACCUGUUCACGGUUAAAAACGAGUCUCUGAGCUGGCCUGAGUCUCGUCUGUACUGCUUGCAGAAGAGCGGUUACCUGGCCUCGCCGAGUUGGCCCGAGGCUCAGAGUUACAUGGCCCAGCAGCUGGCGGCGGACGGGGUGAACGGUCAGGCGUGGAUCGGGCUGCGGCGCAGCCUGCUGACCCACGAGUGGUACUGGCAGACCGGACAGAGCCUCAGCUUCUCAAACUGGGACAGCGACCAGCAGGGCGGCCCUGAGAAAGGCUUGUGUGUUUCUGUUAAGAUGGACCGGAAAGGGAAGUACGGCUGGAGUACGGCCCGAUGCUGCUCCACCUUAAAACCCAUGUGUUUCAUACCAGCCACCUACCUUAUUCUCACCAACUGAAACAACAGCCUGAUAAUAGCAUUGCAUCAGUAGUCUGGUGGAACAUCUUACUCCAUUCUGGACAUGUUUGGUGUUGCUCUGCAACUUUACUGCUUCUCUUUUAUCUUACACAGUAAAUGAAUAGUGAAGUGAUCUAUCAGAUCUAUGAAGGAUCACACAAGGAAUCAUGUAGUAACUUAAAACUGUUAAAUAAACCUUAUCUGGCAUGACUAAACUUAUCCUGUGCAACAGAGGGAACUCUUGCUCUUCCUUCUAUCCUUUCCUGGGGUGGUCCUUAUGAGUGCCAGUUUCAUUGUAACAUUUUUGAUGGUCUGAUGCAGUGGCGGCACUUGAAGAUACUUUCAAAUGUCUUCAAAUUAAAACUAGGACUAGGGUUUCUCCCGUGUCUUGAAACACCUAGUUGCAGAUCUUAGAAAGAGCCUUGAGUUCUGGAUUAUUAUGUUUGUUUGU